GGAUCGUCUGAACUGUAAGUUCCCUUUAUGCGUUCCCCUCUUCUAUUUUGCUGUUUUAGGUUCGCAUAAUUUUUAGCCUGAAAUCUUAAGAGGGGCUUGGCAAUCUACAUGAAUACUUUAUUCGGCUGUCAAAACAAAUCCCGGAGCAGAGAUGACAUGACUGUUAUAUGAUCAUCAUUAUAUAUCAAAAAGCUGAUUCUAAUGGAUAAUAUAGAUCGGCGGAAAGGAGGCAAUGCCAUUGCGAAGAAUAAUAAUGAGUUUACUGGUCUUUAAAUAGGCCCACAUUCCCACUUGACAUUAAUUUUCGAAUCUUCAUCCAAAGUAUCACUGUAUACUACAUAAUAUCAACAACGGCCUUCUUCAAGUACUUCCACCCAUCCAACCUUCACCAUGCUCUCACGCACGACACUCCAAGCAGUAUUUAUAUCUCUACUUGCCUACGCUUCAGCUCUCCCUUCUGAAUUGGACACCCGCGCAACAUGUCCUGAGAUUCACGUCUUUGGUGCUAGAGAGACCACGGCACCAGCCGGAUUUGGGACUGCAGGUGUGGUUGUUGACCUCAUCACUGCCGCCCAUUCUGGGGCAACUUCCGAAGCCAUCAGUUAUCCAGCAUGUGGAGGUCAACCUUCGUGUGGUGGAGUUAGCUAUGGAAAUAGUGUUGUUGCAGGAGUUGCUGCUGUCGCAGCUGCAGUGAAUGAAUUUCAUACAAAAUGCCCAAAUACUAAGUUGGUACUAGUGGGGUAUUCUCAGGGUGGUCAAAUAAUGGACGAUGCGUUCUGUGGAGGGGGAGAUGCAAAUAAUGGACUCACGAGUACCGCGAUUCCAAUUCAAGCCAGUGCUGUCAAUAUGAUCAAGGCCGCAAUUUUCAUGGGUAACCCACGGUACAUUUAUGGACUUUCCUAUGAAGUUGGUACCUGUAGAGCUCAAGGAUUCGCACCUCGUCCCUCUGGAUUUUCUUGUCCCUCUGGUUCAAAGAUCAAGUCUUAUUGCGAUGCCGCUGACCCGUACUGCUGCAACGGUUCUGACGCAAAUACCCAUCAAGGGUACGGCACCGAAUAUGGUCAACAAGCUUUAACAUUUGUGAAUGCACAGCUCGCUUCAUCUGGUUAAUUUUUUCCCUACCUUUCUUUCUACAUAUCA